CCGCCAUCGCGGCCGAGCGCGCCCCCGCCGCGCGCCGCGCUUUGCCGGCGCUGCUCCCGUUACCGAGGCAACCGCGGCGCCGACUGCGCGCCGGCUGCGAUCGGCUCUCCGCGCCAUUUUCAAACUGUCCUAGCGCCGGAGCCAGAGUCUGGGGAGGAAGGAGCCAGCGAGGGAGGCGAGGCCCGAGGGGCGAUGCGGCCGCAGGCGGAGGAAGCGGCGGCAGCAGCGGCGGGCCAGGAAGCAAUUGCAGCUUGGUACAGAAACCAGAGUGCUGAACCAGGACCCAGCCCACCUUCUUCGUGGCCCAGUGGUUUGGGAAGAGUUGCUCUCUAGAGGCAGCCUUUCCUUGCCUUUGAAUAGAAAGGGUGUCUGGUAUGUCCUGUCUCCCUUACAGGGACUUUAAUUUUGAGGAGUGAAUAAAACUAGUUUUGGAAGACAAGAUGACUACAGCUGCAGAAAGAAAGUACAUUAAUAUUAGAAAAAGAUUGGAUCAGUUGGGAUACCGCCAGACUCUGACAGUGGACUGUUUACCGUUGGUAGAAAAACUUUUCAGUGACCUAGUUCAUACAACAGAAAGUCUUCGGAAAUCAAAAUUAUCUACUGUGAAAGCUGAAAAAGAAAGUGCCAAUUUUGAUUUUGUUUUGGAACCUUAUAAACUUGAAAAUGCAAGAUUGAUCAAGGAAAAUAAUGAAUUAUACCUGGAAUUAAUGAAACUGAGAGAGCAAUCAGGCCAACACAUUAAAGAGUUGAAAACUACGUUGAAGAAGUGUGCACGUGAAACAGCUGAUCUGAAAUUUCUAAAUAACCAAUAUGUUCAUAAACUCAAACUUCUAGAGAAAGAGAGCAAAGCUAAGAAUGAAAGAAUUCAACAACUUCAAGAAAAGAAUUUGCAUGCUGUAGUACAAACUCCAGGUGGCAAGAAAAGAAGUAUUGCUUUCAGGCGCCAGCGUAUGCAGAUUGAUGAACCAGUCCCUCCCUCUGAAGUCAGUUCAUAUCCGGUUCCGCAGCCAGAUGACCCUUACAUUGCAGAUCUCCUGCAGGUGGCUGAUAACAGAAUUCAAGAACUUCAACUGGAAGUCCACCAGUUACAAGAAAAGUUAGCAAUGAUGGAAAGUGGACUGAGAGAUUAUACUGAGCAGAUUGAGCUAAGAGAACGAGAGAUAGAACGACUAUCAGUUGCAUUGGACAGUGGCCGCUCCCCUGAUAUUCUCUCUCUGGAGACUAGAAAUAAAACCAAUGAAAAGCUUAUUGCUCAUUUAAAUAUUCAGGUUGACUUUCUUCAGCGAGCUAAUAAAGACCUGGAGAAGCAUAUACAGGAGCUUAUGGAAACCAAGGAAACAGUGACUACUGAAGUUGUUAAUUUAAGUAACAAAAAUGAAAAACUCUGCCAAGAAUUAACUGAAAUAGACCAGUUAGCACAGCAGUUAGAAAGACAUAAAGAAGAAGUGCUUGAGACUGCCGAUAAAGAGCUUGAGGAAGCAAAGAAAGAGAUUAAAAGAAAGCUUUCUGAAAUGCGGGAUCUUGAAGAAACAAUGGCAAAACUUCAGCUGGAAUUAAAUUUAUGUCAUAAAGAAAAGGAGAGACUAAGUGAUGAACUACUUAUAAAAUCAGACCUGGAAACUGUUGUUCAUCAGCUUGAACAAGAAAAGCAAAGACUUAACAAAAAAAUGGAAAGCUUUGCAGUUACAGAAAGAGAACUUACUCUGGAAGUUGAAAGGAUGAGGCUAGAACAUGGAAUAAAACGUCGAGACAAGUCACCCUCUCGUUUAGAUACAUUUCUCAAAGGUAUAGAAGAAGAACGAGAUUUUUAUAAGAAAGAGCUAGAAAGACUCCAACAUAUAAUACAGCGAAGAUCUUGCUCUACAAAUUAUUCUACACGUGAAAAAAUUCCAAUAUUUAAAACACUAGAAAAGGGCGAUUACAACUCAGAAAUUCAUCUGAUCACAAGAGAAAGAGAUGAACUUCAGCGUAUGCUGGAAAGAUUUGAAAAACAUAUGGAGGAUAUACAGUCCAAUGUUAAAUUAUUGACAGCAGAAAGAGAUAAACUAAGUGUCUUAUAUAAUGAAGCUCAGGAACAGUUAUGCGCACUAAGAAAGGAGUCCACCCAAAACGCAGUCUCCCAUAAUAUUGUUAGUCUUAUGGAAAAAGAAAAAGAACUUGCAUUAUCUGACUUAAGAAGGAUUAUGUCAGAAAAAGAAGCUUUAAAGGAAAAGUUAAAAAAUCUCCAGGAAGUGAAUAUUUUUGAAAAAUCAAAAUUAGAGAAAACUAUUGAACAUUUGACAUGUAUUAACCAUCAGCUUGAAGAUGAAAAAUGUGAUUUGAAGUCUAAAGUGUUAAUAAUGAAAGAAACAGUAGAGUCAUUAGAGAACAAAGCAAAACUCCAAGCUCAAAAACUUAACCAUGUGGCUGGUGACUCAUCUCAUCGGAAGACAGAGAUGAACUCACUUAGGAUAGUAAAUGAGCAGCUACAGAGGUCACUUGAUGAUUGUCAGCACCGGCUCUCCAUGAAAAGAGGUGAACUUGAAUCAGCCCAAGCACAAAUUAACAUACUGGAGGAAAAAAUAGGUAAACUACACCUUCAGAUGACUUCGCAGAAUGAAGAGGCUCAUCUAAUGAAAAAGACCAUUGGUGUUAUUGACAAAGAAAAAGAUUUUCUUCAGGAGACUGUAGAUGAGAAGACAGAAAAGAUUGCAAACCUGCAAGAAAACCUGGUUAAUAAAGAAAAAGCUAUUGCUCAGAUGAAGAAGACCAUCUCAGAGUAUGAAUCUUCUAUGAACCAGCUAAAGGAAACGUUGACUAAUCGGGACCGAGAAAUAAGCAGCCUCCGGCGCCAGCUCGAUGCAACUCACAAAGAACUUGAUGAGGUAGGAAAAUCUAAAGAAGUGUCUUUUAAAGAAAACAGAAGAUUACAAGAUGAUCUGGCUACAAUGGCAAGAGAAAACCAGGAAAUCUCACUGGAAUUGGAAGCAGCCGUGCAAGAAAAAGAAGAAAUGAAGAGUAGAGUUCAUAAUUACAUAACUGAGGUGUCACGAUGGGAGAGCUUAAUGGCUGCGAAGGAAAAAGAAAAUCAAGAUUUGUUAGAUAGAUUUCAGAUGCUUCAUAACCGUGCUGAAGACUGGGAGGUCAAAGCCCAUCAAGCCGAGGGAGAAAGCAGCUCAGUUCGACUGGAACUUCUUUCUAUUGACACAGAGAGGAGACACCUCCGAGAAAGGGUGGAGCUAUUAGAAAAAGAAAUUCAGGAGCACAUAAAUGCACAUCACGCUUAUGAAUCUCAGAUCUCAUCCAUGGCAAAAGCCAUGUCUAGAUUGGAAGAAGAGCUGAGACAUCAAGAAGACGCAAAAGCGGCAGUGUUGAAUGAUCUGUCAUCUCUUCGAGAGCUUUGCAUUAAGCUUGAUUCAGGCAAAGAUAUUAUGACCCAACAACUGAAUUCGAAAAACCUGGAGUUAGAGAGGGUUGUGGCGGAAUUAGAAAAUGUAAAAUCAGAAGCAGAGCUGUUAAAAAAACAACUGUCAAGUGAGAGACAUACAAUUAAAAACCUUGAAUCAUUGUUGGCUACAAAUAGAGAUAAGGAAUUUCAUUCUCAUUUAACAUCCCACGAGAAGGAUACAGAAAUUCAGCUACUUAAAGAGAAGUUAACCCUUUCAGAAAGCAAAUUAACUAGUCAAGGCCGGGAAAAUACCAUGCUUCGGGCUAAAGUGACACAAUUACAAACCGAUCACGAUGCUCUGAAAAGGCAGAUUUCAGCUGAAAGAUACGAACGAGAACGAGCAAUCCAAGAGAUGCGUCGCCAUGGUCUUCCCACACCACCCCUUUGUUCUACUCUGAGGUCUCCUUUACAUUCUCCUGAACAUAUAAACCGUUAAUUAUCAGAAGAAUGAUGGCUAUCAAUGAGUUACCUAUAUGGAUUUUUUAAAGGAUAGAACAGUAAUGAAAUAUUUGAAGUACUUGUUCCUGAAAAUCAUGAACAUUGACACAAAUUCUACCUCUGUCAACUUUUAUUUAAAUCAGUGAAUAUUUAUGUAAAAAAUUUGGUUUAAAAGAGCCAUAUCUAUGUGUAUAUUUUUAUAUGUAUGACAGAACAAAAUAUGUAUUAAUAGUGCUAACUAAUGUUCUGUCUGUAUUUAUACUAUUUCUGACUUAUAUUACUCCUCAAAGUGUGUGUUUAUACUGUGAAUUAAUAUAAUGUAUUGUUCACAUUAUGCUUUAAUCAUCUUUUUCAUAAAAAAGAGCCAUGAUAUGUGUAUAUAAAUAUUCUUACAGUACUUGUUUUCAAAGUGUUUUUAGUUUUCAUGCCUGUGUUUAUAACCCAUAUCUUUAAUGCAUUCAAAUAGGAUUAUCCACUUUGAUGCUAUGCUCUCUUAGUUAACUUUUUUCUUCUAAAUGUAAAAUUAAUUAUUCACCAGUUUGUUUUCUGUUAAUAUAUUCAGGUCUAUUCUUAACAAUAGCAGAGGUCUUGACAAAAUAAUGAUAACCAUAUAUAAUUUAUUAUUGCUAACUCGAAGAACUGUGAUGGAAAAGACACAUUCAUAUAUUAUAGAUAGUAUUAUUAUUUUGGUUAUCACAUGGACUUUAAUGCAAAUUGUAUCAAAGUCAAACUAAAUCUGCAUUCAGAAUUUUGUAAGACAAUAGAACAGAAAUUUGGGACACUCUUUCAGUAAAUAAAAUUCCUCCCUGUAUUAAUUGAAAAUCUCAGAGUAUAAAAGUAUGUGGAGUAAAUACAGUAUUUUGUUAAAAUGCCAAUCUGCAUUCAAAAAUAGCAGUUUUUUUGCUUCUAAACCUGUGUGUUGUAAUUUAUGAGUCUUGCAGAAUAACACUGAAUUAUGGCAUGUUAAAUAGAAAACAACUUUUACAAUUAAUUUUCAAAGUUGUAAUUUUAAGGAAUUUAGAUAUAUACAUACAUCAAUAGAAGAACAGAAGUACAAAAUAGAAUGUCAGGUACAAAAACUAAUCGUGUUUGAACCAUACACAUUUGAAGAAAAUUCUGUUCUCUGCAGAUUUCAUUAUGAUUGAAAAAGAAGAACUUAAGGACUAACAUAGGAAAGUUGAAGAGCAGUUAUUUAUGAUACGUUUUGUUUCCUCUUGCUGUUUAUUACAGUGGAGUGUGUGUGUGUGUGUGUGUGUGUGUGUGUGUGUGUAUACCUGGGGAUGGGCACUGUUGUUUUUCCAAAACUAAUAUGCCUUAUAUGUUCGGGUUAUGCCCUUUGCAAUAAUUCACUGUGUAUUUCGGUGUGACGUGGUUUACUUUUCUACCACCUUUGUAAUUUUAUGUAUUCCACCUCUUUUGUGUGAAUUCAUGUAUUACAUAACAAAAUACAAGAGAAAUGGGACUAUUUGCAAUGUCAUAUGGAAAAUCUUUUAAUAAAUAUAUGUAAAUAAAAUUAAAAAAUCUGUCCCCACCUUUUCCCCCCAAGCAACAGCAAGACAUUGUGUUAAUAUUUUAUUUUUAAUGUUUUCUAUAAUUAAAAAUGUGUACCUUUAAUUGUUAUUUUAACCAUGUUACUACAAUUUUUCUAAAUUAGUUUUAUUCUAAAAUACUGAAUGUUGACAUUUUAUAGAUGUUUUUGUUUUAAGUAAUUUUAAAUUAUGCUUGAUAUAGAUUUUCCCAAUAAACUUUCCAAUUUA